AUGUCUUCUGCAGAAGAUUCAUCUGACCCGAUCUCUCGAAUCGUGAAAAAGAAAAGGCAACAAACUCAAAGAGCGUGUGACCGAUGCAGGAAAAAAAAAGGCGAUGGAAUGGAACAGCCAGGCCACUGCUGCUCCAAUUGCCUCUCUUUCAAUACAGAAUGCACUUAUCUGUACGUCAAGAAACGUCGAAUCGCGAAGGAGCCCAAGAAAGGGAAACUUCGUUUUAGUCUAGAUGCAGGCAUGCAAGGAUAUGUAGAUGGUUUGGUAGCGCGAAUACAGUCCAUGGAGGGCCUCCUCAAGAAGGUGUUCCCAGACACUGACAUCGAUGCCGCGUUGGAUGACCGUACGGCGACAACCUCCAGGGAAACCCACAACAUCUCUCUAGCAAUGACGACGCUUCCGGGGGCAACGCAAAUUCAAAAUUUCGAUCAUCCACGGUCCACCGAUCGCUUGCCAUUCGCUGAUCGAGAUCCCGACCCCAGCGACGACGAAUACGAAUACGGCAUGUCGCCACAGAUCAUGGAAAAAAUAGAAGCCCUGUCUCUCUAUCCUCUUCGCUCUCUCUGGCUGGGGAAAUCAAGUGAUGUCCGAUUGCUCCAGAGGGCCGUCGAUGCGAAGUCCAGUUUUUCGGGCGAGCCGCGUGAACGUGAUAACUUGGAUCCUUUAUCAUCAACCGCUAGCGCUCAAGUCCCAAAACAGUACCCAUGGGAGCAUCUCGGGGACGACGAUAGGCACUAUCCGUAUCUUUUCCCAGAGGACGACCUCCUUCACAGGCUUGUGAACGUAUACUUCCAGCGCAUCAACACUUUUCUACCUCUCCUCCACCGACCUACAUUCGAGAAAUCUAUAGCUGACGCUCACCAUCUAACCGAUGCGCAAUUUGGGAAGGUUCUACUGCUGGUCUGCGCGGUCGGUGCCAGAUACCUGGACGAUCCACGGGUUGUACUAGAGAGGGCAAGUGACUGGUAUUCGGCCGGUUACAAGUGGUUUUCGCAGGUUGAGAUGGUACAGAAAUCUGUGGUGAGCAUACCAACUCUGUACGAUUUGCAAAUUCACGCGAUUACUGUUCUAUACCUGUACGGUUUACAGUCACAAGCGGCUUGGGUGACUGCCGGCGUCGGUCUUCAUCUCGCAGUCGACGUGGGCGCGCAUAGGAAAAGGGCAUAUAGAGCCGAAACAACUGUGCGAGAUGAGCUUUGGAAACGCGCAUUCUGGGUCUUGAUGUUUGAGGACGUGGCGUUGAGCUCUUAUUUGGGCCGACCGUGUGGGAUUCUGGAAGAAGAAUAUGAUCUCGAAUUUCCAACAGAAUGCGACGACGAGUUUUGGGUGCAUUCAGAUCCCAGAAAGGCGUUCAAACAGCCUCCGGGGGUGCCGUCAACAGUAACAACCUUCUCACUCGCCCUACGGCUCACACAAAUACACGCUCGUACCCUUCGAACCAUUUAUCAGACCAAUAAAUCCAAAAUUUUACAUGGAUUCCAUGGACCUGAUUGGGAGCAGCGAGUAGUCUUAAAGUUUGAUUCGGAUCUUAACAAUUGGGUAGAUUCUCUUCCCAGUCAUUUACAGUGGGACAUAUCACGAAAUGACGCCUACACCGACAGCUCUGCUUUUCUUCGUUGUAUCUAUCAUGCCGCUCAGAUUCACUUGCACAGACCAUCCAUUAGCGCGAGAAGCAUUGAGUCUCCACUCGCUAGUACCUCGCUUUCAAUCUGUAUCAAUGCCGCACGGUCAAGCGUUCGUAUAAUAUUGAUCGAACGGCAAAGGACACAUCGGGUUGCAGGCCCACUGCAACAGGCAAUUUCAUUCGUAUCUGGUGUGGUUUUGGCUAUCAACAUCCUGGGGAUGAAUCGAGCGGAUCCCGCCAUGGAUUUAAUCCCACAGUUGAACACUGCGCGUACAUGUGUACAGAUUUUGAAAGAAGCCGAAGUGAGAUGGCAUGACGCGGGCAGGAUGCGGGACGUUUUGGCCGAGUUGGUCAACUGCGCUGAUCAUAAUCAGCACACGCCCUCAUUAACUCACGUUGGCGAUCCAGUACCUUCUCACAAAGAGGCGACCAUUUCUCCCGAAGCCUACACUUCUGCUUCUACGAGGGCCAAAUUCAAUGUGACAGGCUAUGCCUCUUCUGAAGAAUCGCGACCACCGCCAAACUGGAACGGCAUCGAACUCCCCCGUGCCGCCAUGGUUGACCCUCCAAGGAUGGGCGAAAGGACCCCUUACAGUACUGAUAACGCGAACGCUGCGUAUGCCGAGUACAGCGACUUGCCGUCCAUGGUCGCUAGUGACGCCCCAUCUGACGUUGCGUGGAACACGCAUCUUCCCCAAAACCCGACCGCUGAAGAACAAACCCCCUUGGCGCCGACGACAAACGCGUAUAGCUUUGUCCCAAGGUUCUUGCCUGACACAUCUCUGCCUGAGUCUUUUACGAGUGGGGCAAGCCAGCAAUUAUCGGGUCACGCGCCCAUUGAAGCUGAUUUUACGGCUCUGGUGGCCUCACGGCCUCGCCUCGGCUUCGACGAGUCGGUGCAGGCUCACGACGGCACGUUGGCGACGUGGAAUGGUGUGCCGACUUCCUUAGGACCAGUGGGAUGCUUAUUUUCGACUUCGACAAAUGCACGCUCCACCCGGCGCGCCAUCGCAGACGCCCUACCACCGAUGAGGCAUACAGCAGCUCGGGUUGGCGCGUCCGUGGUGUCAUUAAUAUGUACGAUGCAUGCAAACGCUGUCAAACAGUGUUUUUAUAGCCGGACUAUCGAUUUGUUCUAUUGUCUCUCCUGAUUAAUAUUGCGCUUAGCAAUACGCCUUCCGAUUCUGGCUUGUGCCUUGGGAUAUACCUCCAGUUUGCAUGUAUCAUUUGUACAGUCUCUACUGUUAUCACUCAGAAUUGACAUCAUUCCGGAUUCCAUACGU